GCGGGACCGGGCUGUGGCGGCGGUGCGGGAGCAGCGGCAGUUUAGGAUGGCGGGGUGGGAUCCCACGCCCUCAUCCUGCGACUGCUUCGUGGCGCUGCCGCCGCACACCGCGGCGCCCGCCGUCAUUUUCGGCAAGAACGCCGACCGGCCGCGUCACGAAGUCCAAGAGAUUGUCUACGUCCCCGCCGCCGUCCACCGUCCCGGGGACAAAGUCCAGUGCACCUACCUGGCGAUCGAGCAGGCGGAGAGGACCCACGCCGUGGUGCUGAGCCGUCCCGCCUGGCUGUGGGGUGCCGAGAUGGGCGCCAACGAACACGGCGUUUGCGUGGGCAACGAGGGCGUCUGGACCCGCGAGCCCCUCGGCGAGGACGAGGCGCUGCUGGGGAUGGAUCUGGUGAGGCUGGGUUUGGAGCGGGGCGGCUCUGCCCGAGAGGCCCUGGAGGUGAUCACGGCGUUGCUGGAGCGCUACGGCCAAGGCGGGAGCUGCAAGGAGGAACCGGUGCCCUUCAUCUACCACAACACCUUCCUGCUGGCUGACCGCGCCGAGGCCUGGGUGCUGGAAACAGCUGGCAGGUUCUGGGCAGCCCAGCAGAUCCGAGAGGGCAGCCGCAACAUCUCCAACCAGCUCAGCAUCGGGAGGGAGAUCACGGCCGAGCACCCGGGGCUGCGGCAGCGCGCCCGCGCCCAGGGCUGGUGGAGCGGGGAUGGCGAGUUCAGCUUCGCCGAGGUUUUCUCCCUGACGCACCAGCCCGCUCGGAUGGAGGCGGCCAAAACCCGCUACCGCGCCGGCAAGGAGCUGCUGCGGCAGCACGCAGGUCACAUCACGGCGGAGACGUUCAUGGCCAUCCUGCGGGACAAGGCCAGCGGGAUCUGCGUGGACUCGGAGGGGUUCCGCACGGCGGGCAGCAUGGUGUCCGUGCUGCCCCAGGACCCCACCUUGCCCUGCGUCCACUUCUUCACGGCCACCCCUGACCCCUCCAGGUCUGUCUUCAAGCCCUUCGUCUUCGUGGCCGGCCUCAAGCCCACGCCGCAGGUGAGAUCUCCCACUUUCCACGACGACCCGGCCAAGCGGAUCCCGCGGUUCCAGAGCACGGUCGAUCGGCGGCACGAGCUCUACCGCCGGCAUCAAGCAGCGCUGGAGCUGAUGGAGAGGGACCAGGAGCAGGGCCAGAAGCUUCUGCAGACGCUGCGGGACCUGGAGAAACAAGGUCUGGAGGGGAUGAACGCGCUGCUGGGGGGGACGGUGGCCCCCAGCCCGGAGGAGCUGGCCGACCUCUUCUUCGACUGCGUUGAGGCAGAGAUGAAGUUUUACACAUAAACCCCACGUAGGUGGGUGGGCUCCUGGAUAGGGGAUGAAAAAACCUGCCCAGUGCCUGGCCCCAGCUCUUCGCCUCCUCCCACCAUGGAUCUGCCGCUGAUGGCAUGCUGAGGAACGGGUGUGGGAGGACGGAGAGGGCCAUAGGGUGAGAUUUGGAGUCCUGCCCGCAGCCUGGCGUGUCUUUUCCCACCAUCAGGCAGAGCUGCCUAUGCCCGGCUCCUCUGGGGCUGGCCGUGGGGCUGGGGGCUCUGUGGCAGACAGGCAGGUUGAUGUAGGAAUAAAGAGGUUUUAAUCCCAA